CUCAGUUCGCGGACUGUCAUCCUGUGAGCAGCCCGUGCUCCUUCUCCACCGAGCUCGCGCUCUACGCUUCUUCUUCUCCUUCUUCUUCGUGUUUCUUCUCUCGGAUGUAUCAUGGACCCACUCUGAAGCGAAGCACCGGGUCGCCAUCUGAUAAUUCACGCUGUUAGAAACAUAAUUCCUGUCAAAGCUGCUGAGCUGCUCACCAUGAUGGAGUACUGGAGGCAGUGCGCGCUGUGGCUCAUCAACUGUAAGGUGCUCCCGGCAAACCACCGCGUCACCUGGGAGUCCGCUCAGGUGUUCGACCUGGCUCAGACUCUCCGGGAUGGAGUCCUCCUCUGCCACCUGCUCAACAACCUGAGACCACAGUCCAUUAACCUGAAGGAGAUAAACCUCCGACCACAGAUGUCACAGUUCCUGUGUCUGAAGAACAUCCGGACAUUCCUGGCGGCAUGCAGCGACGUAUUCAGUAUGAGGAAGAGCGAGUUGUUCGAGGCUUUUGACCUGUUUGACCUCAGAGACUUCGGAAAGGUUAUGGACACUCUCUCCAAACUGUCUCACACAGCCACAGCUCAGCAGACUGGAAUCAGGCCGUUUCCGUCAGAGGAGAGUGUUGAAGACGAAGACAUUUAUAACCACCUGGAGGACCUCAUAGAUGAGAAGGGUGUGGAGGAUGAGGAGGAUCUGUAUGACUGCGUGUAUGAUGAUGAAGAAGGAGGAGAAAUCUACGAGGACCUGAUGAAGACUGAAGCUCUCCCUCCUCCAGCCUUUCAGAAGCAGGCAGAGACUGACAUCAGGAGCUGCUGUCUAACAGAGAUCAAACAGACGGAGGAGAAAUACACUGAGACCCUGGAGUCUAUAGAGAAGCACUUUAUGACGCCCCUCGCCAUGUUUCUAACCUUGGCAGAGAUGGAGAAGAUGUUUGUGAACAUACCGGAUCUGGUUAAAGUUCAUAAAUGUUUGCUGCAUGAGAUCAAGGAGUCGGUGCUGAGCAGAAAUGCUCAGGACCUUUACCAGAUCUUCAUCACCUUCAAAGAGAGGUUGUUGAUUUAUGGGAAAUACUGCAGCCAUGUGGAGACAGCCAUUGCCACUCUGGACCACAUCUGUAAAGACAGAGAGGACGUCCGCAUGAAGCUCGAGGAGUGUUCAAAAAGAGCAAACUAUGGAAAGUUCACUCUAAGAGAUCUGCUGGUGGUUCCUAUGCAGAGAGUCUUAAAGUAUCACCUCCUCCUGCAGGAGUUGGUGAAACACACUCAUGAUGCUACAGACAAGAGUAACUUGAGGACGGCUUUAGAUGCGAUGAAGGACCUGGCUCAGUAUGUAAAUGAGGUGAAGAGAGACAACGAGACGUUACGAGAAAUAGACCAGUAUCAGAAAUCCAUCGAGAACUUGAAUCAGCCUUUGAGUAACUACGGCAGACCCAAAGGGGACGGGGAGGUACGGGUGGCCUCAGUGGACAAACGAGCCAAACAGGACAGACACAUCUUCCUGUUUGAUGCGGCGGUGAUCGUCUGUAAGCGGCGAGGAGACAACUAUGAGAUGAAGGAGGUGAUCGACCUGCAUCUGUUCAAGAUCACCAACAACCCUACGUCAGACAGGGAGAACAGAAAGUGGUCCUACGGAUUCUACCUCACACACAACCAGGGCCAGAACGGCUUCGAGUUCUUCUUCAAGACCAAAGAGCUGAAAAAGAAGUGGCUGGAGCAGUUCGGCAUGGCCAUAUCCAACAUCCAUCCUGAGAACGCCAACAACAACUUCCACGAGUUCCGCAUGCACACGUUUGAGAGGAUCACUUCGUGUAACUCCUGCCACAUGCUGCUGAGGGGGAUCUUCAAUCAAGGCUACCUGUGCUCCAAGUGUGGAUUAGGAGCUCAUAAAGAAUGUCUGGGACGCUUCGGCUCCUGUGGAAAAACAGAUCCGGGCUCCGUCAGAACUCAGGGAAGAGAUCCAGGUCUACCUAAGAUGCUCGUCAUCAGGAACUAUUUUGGAGCUCCGAGCCCCACGUCUGGUCCAGCUCUCAGCGUCCAGACCGGAGACAUCAUUGAGUUAAUCUGUGCUGACCUGCACAGCCCCUGGUGGCAGGGCAGAAUCCUGUCCACCAAGGAGAUCGGCUUCUUUCCCAGCGAUGCUGUGAAGCCGUGCCCAUGUGUCCCCAAACCUGUCGACUACUCCACUCAACCCUGGUUUGCAGGUCCGAUGGAGAGACUCCAGGCAGAGGCAGAACUCAUCAACAGAGUCAACAGCACAUACCUGGUCCGCCAUCGCAGCAGAGAGUACACAGAGUACGCCAUCAGUAUAAAGUACAACAACGACGUGAAGCACAUAAAGAUCCUGACCAAAGAGGGCUGCUUCCACAUCGCAGAGAACAAGAAGUUCAGGAGCAUAUUAGAGCUCAUUGAGUACUACAAACAUCACUCCCUAAGGGAAGGUUUCAGGAGUCUGGACACAACGCUGCAGUUUCCAUACAGGGAACCGGAAAACGCCGCCAUGCAACGACUCAACAGACCUGGAAGUAAUAUGUUUACUCCAAAGGUGAUCGGCGUAGCGAUAGCACGGUACGACUUCAGCUCUCGGGACACGCGGGAGCUGUCUCUGCAGGAAGGUGACGUGGUGAAAAUCUACACAAAGUCGGGCGCAAACGGCUGGUGGAGGGGCGAGGUCAACGGCAGAGUUGGCUGGUUCCCAUCCACGUACGUAGAGGAAGGUGAGGAGUGACAGGUCUCACAUGGUGAGAAGAAGAGUUGAAUAAAUGAAGAAGUGCUGCAGCACAAAGACAGAGACUUUCUGCUGAUUCCUCUAGAGAAACUUUCAGUCUCCUCCAAGGAUCUGAAACCUCCCCGAGGCCUUCAGGGGAGAGAAAAGGGCUACAGACCACUGGAACGCCACUUCGUCAUCUCUGCUUCGCUGUGUGUGGACUCCACCAUAGAGCAGCUUGGCUGACAGCGGGACACAAGCCCCCAGUCAGACACCCCUUACUCACCUUAUUCGUCCAUCCAUAAUUCACAAUCUUAUCUCUCCCUCCUUCUCUCUCAUCCUUGAACUCCCACCUGUUUCUGCUGCCAAGUUGGCCAUCCCCAAGCUGUCCAUAAAAGACACAAACUUUACCCUUACAUCCAUGCACUGAUCCACCCAUCCUCGCAGCCUCUGUGGAAUCAGAGUCGACCCUUUCUUUCAUCCCUCUCCCCCUUUAAAGGAUUUCAGUCUGUGUUUCCUCCACUAAUGCAGCUGUUUAUUGAUGACUCGAUGACCCAGAUUCACACAAAAACACACCACCCACCUCUCCAGCCUCAGAUUAUGAUCACACACUCUCACAGGAGAUGUAGUAGAAGGAUAGCAUCACUUCACAGUUGGCAUUGAUCGCUGUUGUUCUUAUUUUCCUCACUCCUCCUUCAUUCUUUAUCUGCAGCCCAGACUCUCAUCUUUUCACGUGUCUCUGCCGUUAGCAAUCCUCGGCUCUUAUCAGUGACAGGAGCCCACUCGCCAAGGGUUUAUCUUAUUGGAGGCAUUAGCUGCUUGUCGGGGAAUCACACUAACCAGAGAGUACCUGAGGAAAUAUACAUAAACUCAUGGACAUUGAGCUCCAUUUUAUUUUCUUUUUUCCAUCUGUCUCUAGCAUAUUUUUUAUAUCCCCUUUAUUUAUUUUAUCAGGAAUUUGGCCGAUAGUUAAAUUUAGAAUAACUGUGAGAUAUGGCUGUCAAAGUACCAUAAUUUUAAACCUAGAUAUAAUACUACUUAAUAGUAUUGUUGCUAAUGUCCUAUAUUUGGAGAAACAUUUUAUAGACUAAAAUAAAGAAUAAAUUGCACAGAUAUGUUUGCAACAAGGUAGUACAAUGCCUAUAAAAAGUAUUCUAGCCCUUGGAUGUUUUACCCUUUUAUUGACUUUAUAAAUCAAUCAAGAUCAAAAUAAUUUGGCUUUUUAAAUUUAAAAAUACGUUAAGUCAG